CCAAAUCAGUGGCAGCUCCAGACUUGCUGGACCCCAAAACGGCCACCCACAACAACAAGCCCCGCCUCUCCUUCUCCACCAAGUCCAUCACGCUGACCCCGCGAGAGGAAAGCGAGGUGGUCGCCACGGUGAUGAAAAGGAAGACGGUGACCGCCAUCUUUCUUUUGGUGGUGCUCUACCUGGUGAUGGGAGCGGCGGUCUUCAGGUCACUGGAACAGCCUCACGAAAGUGCUCAACGUUUGGCCAUCUUCAAUCAGAAGUUGGAUUUUCUGGCUAAACACUCCUGCGUCAACUACAGUCAGCUGGAGGAUCUCGUUAAGCAAGUCGUGUCGGCCAUCCGCUCGGGGGUGAACCCCUCGGGAACGCUCAGCAACCCCAGCAGCCUGUGGGACCUCAGCUCCGCCUUCUUUUUCGCCGGGACCGUCAUCACGACCAUCGGUUUCGGCAACAUCUCCCCCCACACGGAAGGCGGCAGGAUCUUCUGCAUCGUCUACGCUCUGCUGGGCAUCCCCCUCUUCGGAUUCCUGCUGGCCGGCGUGGGCGACCAGCUGGGCACCAUCUUCGGGAAAAUCAUCGCCAGGGUGGAGAAGAUGUUUGUGCACUGGAACAUCAGCCAGACCAAGAUCCGGGUCAUCUCGACGCUGCUGUUUGUGCUCUUCGGCUGCUUGCUGUUUGUGGCGCUCCCGACGGCCAUCUUCCAGAACAUCGAAGGCUGGUCGGCGCUGGAGUCGCUCUACUUCGUGGUCAUCACCUUGACCACCAUCGGCUUCGGGGACUUCGUCGCGGGAGGCUCAGAAAUCGAGUACUUGGACUACUACAAACCAGUUGUGUGGUUCUGGAUUCUGGUGGGACUGGCCUACUUUGCCGCCAUCCUCAGCAUGAUCGGAGACUGGUUAAGAGUCAUUUCUAGGAGGACCAAAGAAGAGGUCGGCGAGAUCCGGGCCCACGCGGCCGAAUGGACCGCCAACGUGUCCGCUGAGCUGAAGGAAACGCGGCGACGAGUGAGCGUCGAAAUCUACGACAAGUUCCAGCGGGCCGCUUCCAUUAAACGCAAACUGUCGUCCGAGCUGGGUUUCAGCCCUGCCCCCGAAUUCGCGCUGCCCCGAAGGACGGUGUCAGCCAAUCACGGCGAGGAGCGAGAGAAGAGCGACAAGGAGGCGGGGCUACCGGGGCUGACCUCACAGCUGACCCGAAACUGCGGCUUGUUUAUGAACGGUCUGGACCUGGAAAGAGGCGAAAUGGCCGUCGCCGAACACAUUAAGUGAAAAGACACUUUGUACCGCCUCCCGUUCGGUAAAUAUUGCGGCUCUCCUCAUGACGGCGGAAAUCGUCGUCCUCCGUACGCAAUUGCACGUUUUUGGGAGCUGAGGUGUCACUCGGCAAUGGGAGUAUCCACGAAACAUGCGAGCACGAGCAAAUCUGCGUCGAACUGCAGUAUUUGAACAGGUGCUUGGGCGUCAAACUAGGCUCCUGAUUAGUGUUUUCCUAACACCAGUCAAACAACCACCGUGUGUAGCCCACCUUCAAAUAGGAGAAGAUUUAAAAAGCGGGCUCUGUUUAGGGAAAAAAAGAACUUGGAAUCUUACAAUAACCAAUUCAUAUUUUUUUUUUUGUGAAAAGGUUAGAAAAUACAGAUGCGUUUUCUUGAAAAAGUCAUGACACAUUGAAUCCUCGCAUAAUUCUGGUUUAGGGAUUUCCAAAUUUUGGAGAGGAACCUCCUCAUUCGUGGAAAGCCCUGCUUAUUUGCCGUUUAAAAAAAAAAAAAAAAAAAACAGUAUUUUUCAUUUUAUGGCUCAGUCCCCUUCAGAUUUUCCACUCUGCUGGUCUCGUGACCAGUUUUUGGAACAUUUUCUAUUUUCCAGAAGCGGACAUUCCACCAUCGUUCCAGAAGCCGGAGCUAAGCCGCACUUCUGUGCUCACAAGUGCGCGGCAAAUGAUUGAAACCUCACCCGUGACUUUAUUUUUAUAGUAUUAUAACUUUUAUUCCGGAAAAUUUGCCUUUUGACUAAGAGAAAAAAAUAGGAUUUGAUUUCUGUAGUAACACUGAUUCAUGCAGGGAUAUCAUUACGCGAUGAUAGGUCACAAUUAUAUCAGUUUAUAUAUAUAUAUUUUUUUUAACGGCGCAAUGGUCCCAGUGUGUGCAGCAGGUAUGCACUUUUCUAAAUAAUGAGAUCAUUUAUUACAUAUUUUUUUGUGGACGCCAAAGCCACAGCUUGGGGACCCUGGUGGGUCCGGCGAUUCCAGUUUGAGAACCACUGUAUAGUUAACCGCUGCUGCUAAUUUCUAAACAGAAAGAUGACAUCAAAUAUCUGGAAUAAUGUUGAGAUUGUUUAGGGUUUUUCUUUUUUUUUGGGUCAUGACAAUAAGGUCAAAAGUAUUUUUGUUUCUGCUUCUUCUGUUGGGUUUAUUGUCACUAACAUCUGCAGGCCACCAUAAUGAUGUCGCUUGAUCACUUAGACGGGAAGCCUUUUGGGUUUUGUUUCCGCGGCCCAAACCGUGACGGGCACUCCUCAGAACUCGCAGCAGAGGAGGGUGGAAAAAAAUCCAGCACGGGCGCUUUCAUUUGGGCGUCACGGUGCCUUCAAGUCGUUUGUUUUGUGGACAUGUCAAGCAUGCGAGUCUGAGAGCUUGACCUUGAAGUGCAAAGCGACAAAAACAAACAAAAAAGCUGUCAAUCGCGUUAUCUAAAUGUCGCCCCUGUGAGAUUCAUUACAGUGACGGCGGAAGGUGGACAAAAGCCCGUUUUUAUAUAUAUCUAAUGUGCGCUUGUUUCGAGCAAGGUUCUCAAACCUUUCCGGUCUGUGGACCCCAAUACAGGGCGUCCCCCCCCCCGUCCCAACCCAACCCAAAGUCAUGACAUGAACGAUUCAAAUGAAAUCUGCUAAAAAUCAGCAUGGCACAACUUGAUUUGAUAUUCUUUGCUCACUUUUCUUCAUGCAUAAGACCACAUGUUCUCAGGUAGGUUUAGGUCAGUGCUGUGGCUUGUGCAAAAAAAAA